AUGUGUUCGUGGCUUCCCCGCGGUGAACGUGUGUUCUUUUUCAUCGAGAACGGAAAUGGUGUACUGAUCAAAACAGAAAAUGGAGUUAACUCCAUGCGAUGCAUUCUUCCACAGACAUUUUUGGAUGCAAAGAACCAUCCACACAAUCACACGCUCUGUGAUGGGAUUAUAGUGCACGAAAAGAAGCUAAAUCCUCCCAUUCUGCGACUUUUGCUUCUGGAUGUUUUGUACAUUAAUGGGAUGUCGCUGAAAACGCUUCCAUUCGUACAGCGAAUCCACGCGUUGAAGAAGGAAGUGCUAAAUAAGAUUCACGAACGGAAAGAGUUGGAAAAGGAGAAAACGCAGCAAGCUGAAGUAAAAUCGAUCGGAUAUCGUGAGUGUUGGCCGAUCGAUCAGUUGAAAAAGAUAAAACAAUCGCUUCUUCCGUCCCUGACACAUGAUAAUGAUGGGAUUAGUGUGUUUGAUGCGAAGGCUCCAUAUGUUUAUGGUGACACAGAAUCACGUUAUUGGAAAUAUGUUGGUGAUUUGGAUUGA